UGCUGUGGUCCAGUCUUUGGUUCUGGAGCUGACUCGGUGUGUGCAGGCAGCUUGGCUUGGCUUGGGUGAAGUAACAAAGCUGCUCAUCCGAUGUCGCAUUCCUCCACUUCUACUGCUGCAGACUCUCCGGCCAUGGCUGAAGUAAAGAUUCGGCGCUAUGUGGAUGAGGACAAUCUGGUCGUGAAGGACAUCUUCAGUCUUGGUAUGCAUGAACAGAUCCCGUACUUCUUCCUGCACAUACUGAAGCAGCCACACAUCCAGAUGUUGCUGGUGUCUGUGUUCUGCGUUCUGCUGGCCAUCUCCAGGUCUCUCCUGCUGGCCAUGCUGGGAGUUACUCUCCUCCUGGCUGCAGGCCGUCAGGGAAUCUGCUAUAUGAUCUACAGCUACAUCCAGAACAGCAUGCACGGUGACUUCAGCAACAUCCAUCAGUCCUACCUGGAGAAGCCCAACUCCUGCUUCUGGGUAGCUGAGAGCCAGGGUCAGGUGGUGGGCACAGUGGCAUGCUGCCCUGCAAAGCAGAACGAAGGCUGUGUAGAGCUCCGGCGGGUAUCUGUGAAGCACAGCCACAGGGGCCAGGGCAUCGGCAAAGCCCUGUGCCGCACUGUUGCAGACUUUGCCCGAGAGCAGGGUUGUCCAGCUGUGGUAUUGUACACCUCGAGUAUCCAAAUCAAUGCUCAGAAGCUCUAUGAGCAUAUGGGCUACGAGAAGGUCAGAGAAUUUGCCCGCCCAGAGCUGUGCUCUAGCAUCACCAAAGUAAUGGUCGUCAAGUACAUGCUGGACUUGCAGCAGCCAGGAAACUAAAGUAGCUUUUGUCCAUCCACUCAUUUUGCAUUUUUUUACUUCAGUGUAGGAGACUCUGAGAAUGGUGUGUACCAAAUACAAGUUUGAUACAAAUCCAAAUUAUGAGCUAAGCAAACAACCUCAGUUAUUCACAGUUUAUGUGAGUGCAUAGGUAAUGCAAGUAGAUAUUAAUAUAUUGAAACAGCCCUUGAAUAUUGAGUCUAAUACAAAAACAGUGUAAUAUUGUUUUGUUUUAUCUUCUUUUUUAUCUAGUCGCUAUCUAGACUGCUAGUGAUGUGCUGCACUAUGGAGAGAAGGUCUGUACGGAGAGUCUUUGUAGUCUCACAGCUACUGAUAAUGGUUUAUCACUUUCUUUUUUUCUGACUAUGAGGUUGUUAUCCGGUUUGCAUCCAAACAGGUGUGGCCAGCUUCUAUGCAAAUUGUUAUUGACUUUGUGUGAUGACAAACAAAGAGCAUCUUUAAUGUAACAGGGACGGCAAAUUUGUGUACACUCUAGUUACUGUUGUGCUAACCCACUGCAUGCUGUUGAUCAAGCAGUUAAUUCAGCUUAACUGUACAUUAAAAUAUUCUUGAAAUUAAAACCUUUUUCUGCACUAA